UCCCGAGCUGGGUGUAGAGGGCUCCGUCUUAUAGUUCAUAGUUCACCGUUAAAGUUUUAGCUGAAUGCUGUUUCAAGCUGAGACACAUAUCUAGAUAUCUCCUAGUACUAGCAAAAUGGCAGAUAUAACACCACUUUUAAAGCGCGCAAAAAAAUUAAUGGAUGCUAAAAAUUACAUCCAAGCCGAAAAAUGUUCUAAAAAAAUUUUAGAAAUUAACCAACAAAAUUACAUAGCCUUAGUUUACCUUGGUAUUAUUCGAGGUGAUUCGAAUGAAGCUCUAGAAUAUUUGCAGAAAGCUAUAUCUUAUGAACCAAAAAAACCAUUGGCUUGGCAAAAUUUGGCAAAUUAUUAUGAAGGAAAACAAGGUUUACAAUCAAAAUUUACACUCUUACAUAUAUAUGAUGAGAUAUUAAAAUUGGAAAUAGAUAAGGAAAUAGCCGAGGAAGUUAUAUCUAAAGUUGCAGAGAUAGGAUUUGCCCUCAAGGAUUCCAUGUCGCUUUGUAUCCUCAUAAAUUACCUUUCUACAAAACCUAGACAGUACCUGUAUAACUUCACUGAAUUUCAGUUAUUAGAGCUUUUGAACAUUAAUGUAGCACAUGAUGAAGAGCAAUUAUCAGUAAUAACAAACAAGAUCUCAGAAAAUGUUAUGAAAGAUCCUACAAAUAAUUCACUUUGUAUUUUAUUAGGAAAAGUUAUGCUACUGAAUCGGAAUUUUGUUCAAGCAUUCGAACAAUUGACAAAGUUGCCCUAUUUUGCAUCUAAUGUUUUAUUUCGUAUGUGGCUUUGCCGAUAUAUGUGCACAGUCUAUGCACAAUAUGAGUCUUUCUGGGGAAUUGAUAUAGAGAAGUACUAUGAUGAUAUAAUACAAGGGAAUGCAAACUCCAAGUACCCCCAACUAUUAAAUAGUAUGAUUUUAUACAAUAACAAAAAAUAUAUUGAUGCAUAUCUAGUUUGUAAUCAACUUGUAGAAUAUGAAGAAGCUGGAGUAACUGAAUCAAUUUUCCUUAUAAAAUGUACAUUCAAGACAAGGAAUUGGGCUAUAUCUGAAGUACUUGCUAAAAAAUUUCUAUCAUAUGCAACAGAUUUUAAUAUUACACUGGAAUUAAAUAAAUUUCUAUUUCUGGCUUUAGCACAACAAAAAAAAUGGCCUGAAGCAAUAACUGCAGCUAGAGAUGUACCCCAUGAUGCACUACUUGUACAUGAACAAGCAAUGCUUGCAACCUGUUAUAUAGAAAACAAAGAAAACAAUGAACAUUUAAUGAAUAUUCUACAACCAACGGCUUACUUUGUACAACUUAAAGCUCUAGCUCUAAUGAUAGAUGGAAAAUAUGUGGAGUCGAUUGACAUGUUACAGAAAGAUGCCGUGAACCCUGUUAAUUUAUUUUACAUUGGUAAGUCAUUCUGGCAGUUAAAGCAGUAUGAAGUUGCAUAUUCACACUUCAUGGAAGUAGUGGUGCUAGAUCAUAACUAUGCUGAUGCGUACUACUAUAUGGGAAAAGCGUAG